CAGUAUGGCCAAAUCCACAUUGUUAUUCGACAAAUGGUUAUUGCAAAAUUUGGACAGGAGAUGUGGGAAACGAUAUUGAAGAAGUCAGAGUUGGACGACAGGAAACAUUUUUUGGUAUUUUCACAAUAUGAUGACAAUUUGUGGUAUAAGGUUGUUCAAAGUGUUUCCCAAUGUACAGAUUUAUCAGUGAAUACAGUUCUAGAGAUAUUUGGUGAUUAUUUUAUAAUGUAUGCCAUGAGACAUGGAUAUGAUAAAAUGUUAAAGACACUUGGAAGUGAUAUGUGGCAUUUUAUACAGAAUUUAGACAGUCUCCAUUCUCUUUUGGCUUUAAGUUAUAAAAAUAUUAUUCCCCCUUCAUUUAGAUGUGAGCAUUGUGAUAAUGGUGAUUUAUUACUACAUUACUAUUCCACCAGGAAGCAUCUUUAUCCACUUGUCAUAGGUCUGAUCCGCGCUGUUGGAAGAGAUAUAUUUAAACAAAGGGUUGAGAUAACAGUCCAAGAUAACACAUCAGAAAACAUAGCUGGUAAAAUUCAAACACAUGUAACGUUUAAGGUAUUGCACAUGGACCAAGACCGUUCGUGUGCCCGCAGCCUAAUGAAAUAUACCCGCGAUCUAAUGAAAGACAUCAAAGUGUUUGUUCACGUUAAAUUGUUUAAAAGUGAAAAUGGCGCAGAUGAUCGACUUUGUGCUGAUGAAAAUGCAUCAACGACUUCUGAAACAUCCAAUACAACAAUAUUUGACAUGUGCCCGAUGAAAAUGACUUCACCGGCGCCUUUUCAGCUCUCAACUCAACAAUUCUGUACAAUGUUUCCAUAUCAUUUUAUCUUCGACAAACGAAUGAUUAUCAAACAGAGUGGUUAUCAAAUUCAGAAGUUAUCGCCCUUGUUCAGAAACCCUCCCGUGAGUGUGUCCGAAGUUUUUCAAGCCGUCCAUCCGAAAACAACUCUUACCAUAGACAAUAUUCGUAAAUUUAUCAACUCUGUGUUCUUUAUAUCAGUUCGAAAAGAAAACGAUUGGAACAGAAUAAUGAGAGAUAAAGAGGUUACGUUGAAAGGUCAAAUGAUCUGGUUAAAGGAAACAGAACAUAUGGUAUUUAUGGGUUCUUUACGGAUUACUAGUUUGAAUGAUUUAGUUGAUAUGAACGUAUUCAUAUCUGAUAUACCACUGUAUGACGUCACACGGGAAUUAAUUCUGUUAUAUGAACAGAGAAAAGCCGAGAUAGACUUUGCAAAUAAAUUAGAUGAAACAACUGCAGAGCUAAAGAAAACUUCAAGAGCUUUAGAAAUAGAAAAAAAGAAAACCGAAAUGUUGUUAGGUCAAAUGCUACCUCAGAACGUUGCUCUUCAACUUAAAGACGGAAAACAAGUAGAGGCUGGUAAUGAUAUGUUUUAUUGUCUUGCAUGUACCCCACUUCAGAUAGUUAACAUGUUAAAUGAUUUAUAUCAACGGUUCGACCAGAAAACAGACGAACAUGGUGUCUAUAAGGUAGAGACAAUCGGGGAUGCCUAUAUGAUUGUAUGUGGUGUACCAGAAAAGACCACCAAUCACUCGACGCCAGUGGCUAGAUUCGCUGUAGACAUGAUAACAGAAGCUCGUCAAGUUCCAUCACCUCACACAGGCCGUCCAAUUCAGAUUCGGGUUGGAAUUCAUACGGGUCCAGUGGUAGCCGGAGUUGUUGGUUUAAAGAUGCCGAGAUAUUGUUUGUUUGGUGACACCGUCAACACGGCUUCCAGAAUGGAAAGUCAUGGUCUACCAGGCAGAAUUCAUCUUAGUCCCACCACCUAUCAUUCCUUGGCCGAUUCCAAUUUUCUGUUCAAAGAAAGAGGGGAAAUAAAUGUGAAAGGGAAGGGAAAGAUGACAACACAUUUUCUAGUUGGUGAAACUUCAGUGAUAGAAGAGCCAAAAGACAAGUUUUUCAAUGUUCCGGCAUUUAGAUAUGGGAUGGAAGAAAUAACACAAUCAUCCGUUAAAAAACGUUUUGCAAACGUGAAAAGUCGGACUUGUAGUGUCAUGUGA